AUGAUCUCUCGCGCUCCUCCAACUCCUCCAAUGUCUGAGACCCACGUCGCAGGCAUCGCAUCAAGCGUCUUGGAGAUCUCGGAUCUGGCGGCCAAAGUGUCGGUAAGGCUAUUUGCUUUAUCUCGUAAGGUCAGAGAUGCCAUCAAACCAAUAGAGGCCUUGUCCAAGGAUAUUGCAUCGACUGGAGCUAUUUUGAACCAGUUGGGCCAUCGAUUGAAGAAGGGCGAGGAUCUACGGGUGGGUACCUCGACUUUGGUCACUUCGGUCGAUGAUCUUGUGGAGGAAUGCAGCAACAUGUUCGAGAGUAUAGACAAGGCGCUGGAUGGCAACAACACGGGCAGUAAAGCUAUCUUGGGUCUUCAGCAUUAUGUACAUGUCGCUUCCCUGGAACCUCAGCUUGUGGUCUUGGAAACCAACCUGGAAAGAUUGAAGACGCCGUUGGCAUUGAUGCUUAACGUGCUGAUAUAUGCUGAGCAAUUGAAAAGUGAAGAAAAGAGCCUGCUCCUCAAAGAACAGCAAGAGCUCAUCAGAGUGCUCAACGAAGAGAGAAAAUACAACGAGAGACGAUUCCACAAACUUACAACAGAAAGCAGAAGUCCGCCCGAAGGCAUCGGGGCUCCCGAAGCACCAAGGAUCGAGGCUACUCUCACGCAGUAUACUCUAAAUGAAGGGGUACUAAAUCAGGAAAGGCCCAGUCAGGAAACUAGAGAAAAAAAUUCAAAAGCAAAAGGAAGAGUUUGGAUCAGGGACGAGUCACCAGAGCGAGAAGAUCGCCCGAUAAUAGACAGCCCGCCACUUCGUCUGAAGACUUCAUUAAUAGAUCGAGUAUCUUCUAAGGUCCGCGGCAAAGUCCGGAUCCCUGAUCCAGUUCAAGACGAACCACAGGAAGAAGAGGAUGAUUCGUCGUUGCUUGACAUGGCAAGCUUUCUGAAGUCCACCGGUCCCGAUACCCCUCGAACUUCUUCAGGGGAAGACACUUCCAGCCCACCUGCAAAGUUGAAAAAACCGCGCCCCAAAUAUCAACCGCGAGAUCCGAUUGCAAGAAGCGAUACGUCUGAUCUCAUCGACUUCUUUCGAGAAGGCUCACCUCGUGUCAAAAGAAAGGCCAGCAACAAGAAGCUUCCGGUCAUCACCCUUGUGCGGGGCACAACGGAGCCUAUAACACCACCACUCACUGCGCAGGAAGACACCGAAAAGAAGUCUCCUCUUCCCCCUCACAUUUCUUCCAUGCAGAGCCGACUGCGUUCUCAGUCCGCUGGACUACCUUCGCCUUUAGGGAGUCAUCCGCCAGCAACCAAAGUCAAUAUUUCUCGGCCAGCCACCACCAAGUGGCCCUUGCAAGCGGUACUCGCCUGGCUGGAGAAAAACUCCUUCUCGACAGAAUGGCAGGACACCUUCAGAGUACUGGAAAUAGAAGGCUCAGAGUUCGUCGAGCUGGAAUCUGGUCAAAGCAUACGGAAGAUGUUGACCGUCAUAUAUCCACAACUGGCCAAAGAAUGCUCAGACAGCGGCAUCGGUUGGGAUCAGGCUCGAGAACGCGCAGAGGGUCAAAGAUUACGGAAGCUCAUCCGCGAAAUGCCGGUGGAUAUCAAGUACGAGGAUGCGCCUCCAACCGUGCCGGAAAAGGUGACAGACCGAGGUCCAGCCACGGCACAAUCGCCCAGUAAAUCAGAAAUGGCCUCUGGAGGUCGGCAGAGACCUGUCACUGCCCCAGCCGAGGCUACCUCUCCGGAUUCAGCCACACCAUUUCAGUCUCCUCGGAAUGAAUUCGAACGCACAGACAUUUUCCCCUUGCCAGAAUCGUUGCAGAAGGAGGAUCCAGAAUUCAGUCUGGAGACUCCGCAAUCAUCUGCGAGCAAGAACAACGAUCUGCCUCGUCUCCGGGUUGAGGUCGACACUUCUAACGUGUCAGACGAAUGGGUCCGGAAGUGGACCGUCCUAUCAGCAGAGGAGAUCGCUCGUGGGAGGAGAGAGGAUGAUAGACCGUUCUUGAUUGAUUGA